AUGGGUUCCCAGCUGUUGAUCGUCUUUGCCUCGUCGGCCCUGGUGGCGUUGGUCUUUGCCGGGAUUAAGACCGAUAUUCUCAUCCGGAAAGGCAGCUACUCGCCAGGCCAUCAAGUCGUUGCGGGCGAUGACAAGUAUCGCGUGGCUUUGAUGGAAAUCGACAUCGGCAAGAAUGAUCAGUAUGCUGUCUGUGAUGGCAGCAUGUACGGCGAUAGCUCUCCCUGCAUGAUCAACAGCACAGGCCAGGAGGGUAUCUGGGCAGCGUCCCAGCUUUACCUCAAAAUCUACACCCAGACGCCGCAGCUGCCUGACGCCUUCCGCAUUCGUUGCAUCAGGAUUGACGACCAGUACGACGGGGAUGUCAGGCGCUACGAAGGUGAAUUCUUCAUCGGGCAAAACAUCACCGACGCCUGCCAUUUACACUAUGACAAGUGGACCGGUGACAAGGUGGAAAGAGGCCUUAAUAGCCCGUGCACGUCAUGCUGUGAUUGGCAACUUUGCGAUGGGAACAGCUACAUCCUGAACGAGGACUACAAAUACAAACUA